AUGACGGACCUCAACAUUUUGAACCGAAGACGAGGAGGUCUCAAAGGACAAGUCACGCGGUUGCUAUCAUUUAUAGGAAGUGAUAUCGACGCAAUGGACUCGACGGAAAUCGAGUGCAAACUUGAACAUGUGCAAGCUCUAGAAACCAAAUUCGAGCAGCUGAAAUUGGAUUACUAUUCAGUGCUGAAGGAUGAGGAAUUGGACGAAAAUGAAAAGAUUUUCAUUGAUCUCGAAGAAGAAUUAGAAAAAAUAGAAGUCGCCCUCAAGCGCAAGUUCAAGCAGCUGAACAACAAUAUUUCGCGCUCCUUUAAUGAUGCACCACCUAACUCAACAAUCAGUAUCCGGCUUCCCGAAAUAUCACUUCCAAAAUUUAACGGUAAAUAUGAAGAAUGGUUCCUCUUCAAAGAACAAUUUAACUCCAUCAUCAAUAGCAACUCUUCCCUCUCAGAUUCACAAAAACUGUAUUACCUGAAAUCAUCACUUAUCGGCCGCGCAAAAGAAAUAGAAACAAUAGAUGAUACCUACCAGUCCCUGUUGAAAGCCUUGACUGAGAGGUUCGAAAAUAAGAGACUAAUUGUAAACAGUCAUGUACAAGAGCUGUUAAACAUCCAGAAAAUAACUCAUGAGUCAGCAGACGAGCUGAGAAAUCUUGUGGACAAGAUUCACAAGCAUUUGCGUGCCCUCCAGCAAAUGGAUCUGCAAUGUAAUGAUUUUACAGAAGUUUUACUCCUAAACAUAUUUCUUCAAAAGGUGGAUGCAGAGUCACGAAAGCAAUUUGAGAUGUCCUUAACCUCUACAGACCUCCCAAAAUGGAGCAAUUUUGUUCAACUCUUAGAAAAGAGGCAUCAUUUUUUGGAGAACUCUCAAAUUCAAUACACUUCACAAAUAGAACCCAGAUUAACCCAAAAAACAUCUAUAAGCAGUGUAAAUAAGCCAUUGCCGUUGAACAGUUGUAAAUUGUGCAGUGCUUCACAUAAUCUGCAUAAUUGUGAAGAAUUCAAGCGUCUAAAUGUCAAACAAAGGUAUGACCUAGUGCGGAAAAACAAUUUGUGCUUAAAUUGUUUUGGAUUCUCUCACCGAGUACAAGAUUGCAAAUCUAAGAACAGCUGCCGACAGUGUUCACAAAGGCACCACUCUUUACUACACAAGGACAGCUCGACCGGAAAUUCCCAUGCAUUCAUCCUCAACCCCCAUGGCGAACGAAGCGCAAUUUCUUCUCCACAAUUUGCCUCAAGCAAUACAGGUGUUGAAAACCCCUCACUCGAGCGGGGGAAGAACAGAGACACUUGUUUACUUUCAAGUCGUAAAGCUAUCCUACUGUCAACUGUUAUCAUCUACUUAACAGAUGACUCAAAGGUGAUGCGGCCCUUUCGGGCGCUGAUGGAUGCUGGAUCGAUGUCGAAUUUCGUCACCACAAAUUGUUUGAAUCAAAUAAAGGUUAAAACCUCAAGAACAAAUAUGGCUGUGUCGGGUUUAAAUGGCAUGUCAAUGACGCUACGAAAGAAAUUUCAUGUCACUGUAUCAAAUUUAAAUAGGGAUUUCGUGCGAACUCUUGAAUUUUUAUCGGUGCCCAAAAUAACUGAUGUUACCCCCUCAACAUACCUAGAUGUGUCAAGAUUUAAUUGGCCGGCUGGAAUCCAGUUAGCUGAUCCCGAAUUCAACUGCCCCGGAAAAAUUGAUGUUCUGCUUGGUGCCGAAGUGUUUUUUGAAAUGCUAAGGCCUGAGAGGAUUUUUCUUAAUCCGGGAAAUGUGAUACUCCAAGAUUCAGUAUUUGGAUUCAUAGUGAAUGGAGCCAUUGACAAUACCCCAGGAAAUCAGUCCAGUUAUUGCGGUAUGGUUUUAGAAGAAGAAGAGUUAAACAACAAAAUAAAGACGUUCUGGGAAAUCGAGAACGUCUCUGAAGAGGAAAAAAUCAAAGGCAGCGACGAGCAGUUUUGUGAGCAGCAUUUUCUGGAAACUCAUACUCGCACUAAUACUGUACAAUACGUGAUGCAAUUGCCAUCAAAGGAAGAAAUAAAAUUAAGUGAAUCCAAGCAAUCCGCUCUGAGGGAAUUUGAUGCACCACAGUCUGCCUCACAACAGCAACAACAGUCUGUGUGGUACAGCAGUUCCUUUUAA